AUGCAGCGGAGCAAAUUCCCGUACACCGCCAGAAGCUCGGCUAGAGUGAUCCGUCACGCGGUUAGUAUUGACGAACGGCGGGCAAAGUUCCGAUCAGAUUUGAUAUCCGGGGCAAAAACCCCCAAAACCCCCGAGCGCGAGGAGCAUCAUAGAGAGACCCAUGGACAGAAAACGGGGGCAAGAGAAAACUUGAUGAGCAACGGGUCAAAUGCAAGUCAGUUGGGUGCAGGCCGGUUUCGCAGGCGAUCGCAGUUUAGCUCGACUGUCGAACUCAACAAAGCUAUGUCGCCUCGUCUGAGCGCUGUAGAAGAGGGCUACCUUGAUCCACGAGGGAGCUCACAUGGCCGCCUGCCAUCCACGGGCCCUGCUAUUUCGCGCAACGCCGCGUCAGAUGGGGUUUCCAUUAUAACAUCGACUUCAAUUGACUCAUAUCAGCCUGGACAACAUCCCGUUCUCAAGUCCAAAAUCCGAAAAGCAAGAAUCUGGAUGGAGACCUUUGUCAUUAGUCAGGCUUCUUGCGCAAAGGAAGCAAUGCUGACUCCGAGACUGUGCGUAGGGGCGGCUGGGAUGGAGCCAGAGACCUCACAGGAAUCCGAAUUCCAGCAGACGCUUUUCCGAGCUGCGACCAAAGGUGUGCUUCACGAUUGUCUUGAGUUCAGCAACGGUCUGAGAGUAGAGUCUGUCUUGUCAUGGAAGAUGAUGGAGUGGUUUCCAUUCCGCAGAAUGGACCUCAGACCUGAUGGAUCUUGGAAAGCGAUAUCUAUACCCUUGCCCAGGGCCGAAGUCAGGGAUAUGCCUGAAAAUGCAUGGAUCCAUCACUCUGCGAUACGGAGGAUGGAGGCCGAUGGGCGGUACCGGCCCGGUAAUCUGAUAAUUGGUGGGGGAGGACGUGGUAUCAAAAGGGGACCGAAGGCUUUGGGAAUUGGAGCGUGGGAAAUCCUGAAGGGUAAGGAUGAUCCUGUUGGCAUGGUAUACGUGAGGAAAGGCCCAAGUAUUGAGAAACAGAUUGACAAAGCGACGCACGAGACAUGA